AUGCAGCUGUCAAACAGCCUCCUCGCCCUUCCGACCGCUGUUAUCCUUCUGCUCUGUGUUGCUCCCGUCGUCCCAGAAAAACAAUGGCCGCAUAACCUCCCCAAACAUAUGAAGUACUUUCCGGAGGAUGAAGUGCAUGUGAAGAGAGGAUUGAGCAUACAGGAACGAAUGCUGAGAGAGAAGCCAGUUGGUGUAAAGAAAAUGAGUGGUGAUGAGGGGGAGAUGUUCUUCUUUGACAAUUGGAUAUUUGUGGGUGAUGAAGAACAAGUGGGAAAGAGAUCUGAAUUGGAAGAGUCGAGAAACUCUACUAUACAGGCAUUUUCUCCCUUGCGUCCCCAUUUCCAGAGCAGCAUCUUCGAUCAGCUGCGUCGCUUUGCACCACGAGACCUGUUGUCAAGUCGAGGUUUCCAAUGCCCUGAAGGAACAAGUGACUGUUCAUCAAUUGGGGCUCCGAAUAGCUGUUGCGGAGCUUCUGAUGUUUGCAUGAACAUACCGGACAAUGGUUUUGGUACUGUGGCUUGCUGUCCGAAAGGCCAGACGUGUGCCGGAGCCAUCUCCUGUGAUACCGGGAAUGGAUAUACAAGUUGUCCUAGCAGUCCUAAUGGCGGCUGCUGUUUGCCUGGGUACAGUUGUCUGGAUGUAGGAUGCGUUACCGCUGGCACAUCCAUAACCUAUGUUCAGCCAUCGACUCCUCCACCGAGCUCUACUUCGACAGCAGUCGUUGUAGUGCCAACAACACCCCCCUCGGCACCUCCAACAUCAACCCCGGUCCCGAGCUCUUCGUCUAGCUGUAGUUCGGGUUGGUUCUCCUGCCCUCAGAGCCUCAAUGGCGGAUGCUGCCAGAAUGGCCUCCAGUGUGCCAGUGGGACAUCCUGUAUCGACACCCGUUCAUCAACCGGCAGUGUUACCCCUUCAGCGCCUGUCCGACCAACAAGUGGCCCGGCCACGACUUCCGCUACCCCAACUUCGAGCGAUGCCUUUCCAUCCAUGUGCCCGACUGGAUUCUACGUCUGCAGUGCCUACUACCCCAGCGGCUGUUGUAGAGUAGGUCGAGACUGUCAGACUACAGGCACCUGCAUCCCUACCUCAAGUGCUACCGUCAUUGUCAGUAAUGGUGUAACGAUUGUAGCCCCCACAGGAGCUUCUUUUGCAACAACCGCAGCCGGACAAGGCGGAUCUUGCCCUAUUGGUUGGUAUAGUUGUGCUGCAAGCCUUGGGGGGAAUUGUUGUCUUGAUGGCUACUCAUGCGGCGCACAAUGCACAUCGACAUCAGGGGGAAACACUCAAGUCGCCGCCAAAGUUGCUCCCAACACCGCUGAACAUUUUUCUCACAUAUCGAUUUGGGCCUUGCUAUUAGGCGCAAUAGCGAUUGGAAUUGGCAAGAUACCUCUAUAG